AUGUCUGAAACGAACGGGAUCAACGAAAAAGGCUUCAAUGGAACGGAUGCGAACGAGUCUGCUGCUGAUGUCCACACGGAUUAUCUGAUUGUCGGCACUGGUCCAGCUGGAGCUUCACUAGCAUGCUUUCUCACACAACAUGGCUUAACCGGCUUAAUCGUGAGCCAAGAUCCCAGCAAUGCCGACACACCACGAGCUCAUAUCACCAAUAUGGCAGCGAUAGACUGUCUCCGAGACAUCGGAGUCGACAAGGAAUGUUACCAAGUGGGAACGGCAGGAGACACGAUGAUCCAUACGCGGUGGUCAAAUAGUAUGGCUGGAGAGGAGUAUGCGCGCAUAUAUUCCUGGGGUAAUGAUCCAAAGCGAAAGGGUGAUUAUGAGCUCGCCAGCCCUUCAGAUCCGCUGGACCUGCCUCAAACGCUGCUCGAGCCAAUACUCAUACGGUACGCGACAUUGAACGGGUUUAAAUGCAGAUGGGACACCAAGUUUGUCUCGUUUGUGCAAGAACCCGACGGCAAGGGUGUCACAACCACUCUCCACGACAAGGUGACCGGCCAAGACUAUCGAGUCCGGUCGAGGUAUCUGUUCGGCGCAGACGGGGCGCGCAGCCCGAUCAUGAGGCAACUCGAGAUUCCGAUGAUCAAGCGCCCAGACCAAGGGUAUGCCAUCAACAUUCUAAUGGAGGCCGAUAUGGCACAUCUCAUGGAGAACCGUAUGGGCAAUCUGCAUUGGCUCUUGACACCGGACAAAGAGCACCCGGAUUACGCCUGGAUCGGGUGCAUUCGAAUGGUGAAGCCCUGGUACGAAUGGCUGUGUAUUAUUUUCCCCGCGUUCGGCGCCGAGAGAAAAGAGCGAAGCCCUGCAGAGUAUAUCAAACGCGUGCACGAGUUUAUCGGUGACGACACUAUCGAGGUCAAGAUCAAGGGCAUUUCGACCUGGAUGAUCAACGAGACGGCGGCUGAGGCGUAUUCAAAAGGAAACGUUUAUUGCUUGGGCGAUGCUGUGCAUCGACAUCCGCCGAAUCAUGGACUUGGGUCCAAUACCUGCAUCCAAGACUCGCAUAACCUGGCAUGGAAGAUCGCAUUCGUUGACAAAGGAAUUGCUGGAAACGAACUGCUGGACAGUUACAGCAUUGAACGCCAACCCGUCGGUCUCGAUGUCGUCACACAGGCAAACGCAUCGCUCCGCAACCACAAAAAGAUCUGGGAAGUGCUAGGUAACAUGGAACCUACGGUUGCCGCGCGAGUAGAAGCAUUCAACAUCCUAAAAGAAGACUCGGAACGAGGCCGCAAGCGCCGCGCCGACCUCCAAGUCGCUCUCCGCUUGAUCAACCGUGAAGAACACGGGCUGGGUAUCGAGAUGAACCAGCGGUACACAUCGUCGGCGGUACACAAAUCCGACCAGGGACCCCAGCCCACCUUCGACUCUGAUCCACUAGAGCACUAUCAUCCAACUACAUACCCCGGCGCACGCGUACCGCACGUCUGGCUCAGCAGGACCGUCCCGUCAAAAGCCAUAUCGACGUAUGAUCUCGCUGGGAAGGCCCACUUCACCCUGUUCACAGGGAUCGGCGGGGAUGGCUGGCGGGCCGCGGCCAAAAAGGUCUCGAGCGAACUUGGCGUGCCAUUUGAAGUGUACUCAAUUGGAUUCCGGCAGGAAUAUGAGGAUCGGUACCUCGACUGGGCGAAGAUCAGAGACGUCGCCGACUCAGGGUGUGUGGUGGUCAGGCCGGAUUUUUUCGUCGCGUGGAGGAGUCAGGAAUGGGAGAGUGAUAGUCCCGAGAAGUUGUUGGCCGUCAUGAAAUCUGUGCUGUCGCGCAGUUAA